UAACAUCACAGCGGAUUCCUUUGUCACACAUUAGAGUAAUGAUGGAGGAAGAGGAGAAGGACCUGUCACAGCAGGCAGCUUCAUCAGCAGUACACUCUGGAUGAAAUGGGUGGCAAGAAAAAGAAUUGGAAGAAAGAAUUUGGAAACACAAAACCACAAGUUGAGACAAAAACAUAUGGAAAAGGCCCCGGGUGUGGAGAUGAGAUUCUUCUUUUUCUUGGGAUUUUCACAACACUCUCAAAGAUGGAGGCAUGCGUUCACGAGCAGCUGCUGAACAUGCUGGAUGAUUUGGGAGAUGAGGAGCUGGAACGUUUUCACUUUUACUUGCAGAAUGGACCCGGAGGCGAUUUCACAACCAUCAAAAAGAGCCGUCUGGAGAAAGCAAGCAGAACGAGAACAGCGGAUGUCAUGGUGGAGACAUAUACUACUGGCCAUGUAAUGGAGGUGACGAGGUCGAUUUUAAAGAAAAUUAAAAAAGGAAGUCCUUCAGCCCAGGCAGCUUCCUCACUUUCAUCAGAAGAAGCUCUACAAAUGUGUCACCUUAAACUCAAGUUUAACCUGAAAGAAAAGUUCCAGCGUGUGUUUGAGGGGAUCGCUAAAGCAGGAAAAACAACUCUUCUGAAUCAGAUCUACACAGAGCUCUACAUCACAGAGGGAUGGACUGCAGAGGUCAAUAAAGAACACGAGGUCAGAAUGAUUGAAACUGUAUCUGCCAAACCAGACAGACCAGAAACAACAAUCAGGCAAGAAGACAUCUUUAAAGCCUCACCUGAAAGAAAUAAACCAAUCAGAACAGUGCUGACAAAGGGAGUGGCUGGCAUUGGGAAAACAUUGCUGACCCAGAAGUUCAGUCUUGACUGGGCUGAAGAAAAAGCAAACCAGGACAUCCAGUUCAUAUUUCCAUUCACUUUCAGAGAGCUGAAUGUGCUGAAAGAGGAAAGGUUCAGCUUGGUGGAGCUUGUUCAUCACUUCUUUACUGAAACCGAAGAAGCAGGAAUCUGCAGCUUUCAAGACUUCCAGAUUGUGUUCAUCUUUGAUGGUCUGGAUGAGUGUCGACUUCCUCUGGACUUCCACAAAACUAAAAUGCUAUCUGACCCUAGAAGGUCCACCUCAGUGGACGUGCUGCUGGUAAACCUUAUCAGGGGGAAACUGCUUCCCUCUGCUCGCCUGUGGAUAACCACACGACCUGCAGCAGCUGAUCAGAUCCCUCCACAGUGUGUCAACAUAGUGACAGAGGUCAGAGGGUUCACUGACCCACAGAAGGAGGAGUACUUCAGGAAGAGAUUCAGAGAUGAGGAGCAGGCCAGCAGGAUCAUCUCCCACAUCAAGACAUCACGAAGCCUCCACAUCAUGUGCCACAUCCCAGUCUUCUGCUGGAUCACUGCUACAGUUCUGGAGGAUGUGCUGCAAACCAGAGAGAAAGGAACACUGCCCAAGACCCUGACUGAGAUGUACAUCCACUUCCUCGUGGUUCAGGCCAAAGUGAAGAAGGUCAAAUAUGAUGGUGGAGCUGAGACAGAUCCACACUGGAGUCGAGAGAGCAGGAAGAUGAUUGAGACUCUGGGAAAAGCAGCCUCAGUGUACUCAGGAGUGUUCACACAGAUCUUUAAAGAGGAGAGAGGACUGUACCAGGACAAGGUGUUCUGCUUUGUUCAUCUGAGUGUUCAGGAGUUUCUGGCUGCUCUUCAUCUCCAUGGGACCUUCAUAAACUCUGGAGUAAAUCUGCUAGAGAAACAACAAACAACAUCAUUAUUCUCCAAAUUAUUUAAGAAACCAAAGCUAAAGUUUAUCCACCAGAGUGCUGUGGACAAGGCCUUACAGAGUCCAAAUGGACACCUAGACCUGGUCCUCCGCUUCCUCCUGGGUCUUUCACUGCAGACCAACCAGUCUUUCCUAAGAGGCCUGGUGACACAGACAGGAAGUAGUUCACAGACAAAUCAGGAAACAGUCAAAUACAUCAAGGAGAAGUUCAGUGAGAAUCUGUCUGCAGAAAAAAGCAUCAAUUUGUUCCACUGUCUGAAUGAACUGAAUGAUCGUUCGCUAGUGGAGGAGAUCCAACAGUCUCUGAGUUCAGGGCGUCUCUCUACAGAUAAACUGUCUCCGGCUCAGUGGUCAGCUCUGGUCUUCAUCUUACUGUCAUCAGAAAAAGAUCUGGAUGUGUUUGACCUGAAGAAAUUUUCAGCUUCAGAGGAGGCUCUUCUGAGGCUGCUGCCAGUGAUCAAAGCCUCCAACAAAGCUCUACUGAGUGGUUGUUUCCUCUCAGAGAGAAGCUGUGAAGCUGUGUCCUCAGUUCUCAGCUCUCAGUCCUGUAGUCUGAAAGAGUUGGACAUGAGUAACAACAAUCUACAGGAUUCAGGAGUCAAGCUUAUGUCUGCUGCACUCCAAAGUCCACACUGCAACCUGAAAACUCUAAGACUGACUUGCUGUUUUCUCUCAGAGAAAAGCUGUGAAGCUUUGUCCUUAGUUCUCAGCUCCCCUCUCUGUAGUCUGAGAGAGCUCGACCUGAGUGACAAUGACGUUCAAGAUUCAGGACUGAAGCUUCUGUCUGGUGUAUUACAGAGUCCACACUGCACCCUGGAAACUCUGAGUCUGUCAGGCUGUCUGAUCACAGAGGAAGGCUGCACUUCUCUGGCCUCAGCUCUGAGCUUCAACCCUUCCCAUCUGAGAAAACUGGACUUGAGCUACAAUCAUCCAGGAGCUUCAGGAAUUAAGCUGCUGUCUAUAGGACUGGAGGAUCCACACUGGAGACUGGACACACUCAGGGUGGAGCCUGCUGGAGUCCGAUGGUUGACACCAGGUCUGAGGAAGUAUUCCUGGUCUUGUACAAUUGAGGAGUGUACACUGGAGUGCAGAAGGCUUUGA